GUUUGACGCAUAUCCUACUCCAAAUUUACACAAUAAAUUAUAAUAUAAUAUAAUUGAACCUUGUGUUGAUUUGGAUGCAUCUUCAAACUGAUUUGCUAAAGUAAAUGGGCUUCAUAUUAAGUGAAUAUGUUUUUAGAGGCCCCUUGAAAGAAAUAAUUUAUCAAAAAUGUAAAUGGUCUGCACUUAUAUAGCGCUUUUUUUUUUUUUUUUUUUUUUUUUAACCUUAGAGGUUUCCACCGCUACCACCUGAGCCACAACCAGCCACGGUACAUUUAACAAAAACAUUUAUUUAUUUAUUUAAAGGUCUCUUAAGUUAAGAAAAUCAAUGUCGUUAGGAAGUGUGGCGUUAGAAUGGGUGGUGCUUUGCAAGAAUUAACCUACAUCUUUAAAAUAAAGUUCAAUUAGUAAAUAUCAACACCAACCAAACACUUAAUAAAUAUUGCCAUGUUUUUCUGUCAAGAUUCGCUGCAUAUCUUUCUAAUUCGCCAGGAAAUUACCGUAAUCAUAGUAAUAUGCGCGCAAAAGUAGGAGCCCAUUUUUCUUUGCAACUGGCUUCACUGAUAUUUUCGAGGUAGUUGGGCUUGAUGCUGACAUUUCAAUCCAUGGGUAGAUUGAAAGCAAUAGAACGAAUAAUGGCGUUGCCUUCUUGCUCGAGCACGUUUUUCCUGGAGAAAGAGCUGGGUGAAGAUAUGAAGGAUGAAUUUGGAGAUGAAGACAGCUCAUCUUCUGGUCUUGAAAGCAUUCAUUCAGAUUCAGAUUCAGAUGAGGGGGAAUUAGAGACUGGGUUAAAAAGUGAGCCUCUUACUGCAAAUGCAUCCCAUCAGAAAAGAAAGAGAACUGACACACCACCUGAACGUGACCUUAUGGACAUGCAAGUGCCAACUAAACAAGAAGCAUGGAAAGACAGCUUGGAACCAGACCCAGGCCCUCUCCUGCUUCAGUUCAGACCUGCACGGCCUCCUGGUGUGCAUCUGGACAAGAGCAGCUCCUAUUCUCCACUGGAGCUGUUCCAGCUCUACUUUAGUGUUCAAGUGGUCGAAACACUCUGUGAGAACACAAACAAAAAUGGACUGAGAAGAUAUGCACAGGGAAAGAGGACUCCAUGGUUUCCUCUCACUAUUCAGGAAAUGUUCCACUAUCUUGGGCUGCUUAUUUUUAUGGGGUUGUUGAGAACUCGUAAAAUCGGUGAUCACUGGAGCAACCACAGGCUCUAUAAAGCACCCUUUUGUUCCUCUGUGAUGGCCCGCUGCAGGUUUGAUGCUAUCACUUGGACCCUGCACAUGAGCGACCCGGAAAAUGACAAGGAGGAUGACAAGUUAAAAGGGACACCAUCGUAUGAUAAACUCUGCCGUCUGAGGCCUCUGAUGGACAGCAUUUUGGACUCUUGUAGAGCAUACUACCAUCCUACCAGGAAUAUCUCCAUAGAUGAACGCAUGGUGGCAUCCAAGGCCCGUAUAGGCAUGAAGCAGUAUAUGCGGAACAAGCCCACCAGAUGGGGAUUUAAACUUUUUGUCCUGGCUGAUUCUAAUGGUUACACCUGUGACUUCAACAUCUACACUGGCAAGUCUCUUUCUCGAUCCGGCAAGGGCUUGGCAUAUGACGCAGUUAAGGACUUGCUACAUGUAAAAUAUCUUGGGAGUGGUUAUCAUCUCUAUAUGGACAAUUUCUACACCAGCAGAGUCCUCUUCCUUGACUUGUACAAAAUGCACUUUGGGGCAUGUGGGACUAUCCGUGAGAACCGCCAGGGCAGUUUGAAGUCCAUGGAAAAUCCCAUUCCAAAAAAUGCAGAAAGGGGUUCUUUGAGAUGGAUCAGGGAUGGAAACCUCUUGUUCUGCAAAUGGAGAGACACUAAGGAUGUUACUAUGUGCUCCACUAUUCACAAGGCAUACAAUGGUGACACAGUGCUGCGAAGAAUAAGAAAUGCUGAUGGUUCCUGGUCAAAAUGUAGUGUCCCAGUUCCAGAGGCGGUAAAGGAGUACAACAAGUUCAUGGGGGGUGUGGACUUGUCAGAUGCCCUCCUGAAGUACUACUGCAUAGGUCUGAAAACAAAGAAAUGGUACAAAACUCUGUUUUACCACUUUGUCGAAAUUGCUGUAGUCAAUAGCUUCUUAAUGCAUAAGGUGUUGGAGGUGGAGAAGAAAUGCAAACCACUGACUCACAAGGUGUUUAGGGAGCAGUUGAGUUUGCAGCUUGUUGACUUUAGCUUCUCCCCUGCUCCAAGAACAUCUGCAGAGUCACCUGCAGGCACAAUGGAGCCAAUUGUUGGCACUCUGGAGUUAACUGCAGGGACUCUGUGGUCAACUUUUAGAACUCCAUGGUCAACUUUUAGCAUUCCAUGGUCAAAUGCAGGCACAACACGGCCAACUGCAAGCACACCAAGCCGAACUUCAGGUGCUGUAGGAAGUUGUUACCCAAUUCCCAUGGGUGAUCCCGCCCCAUCUGGGAGUAGAAAAAAUGCAUCCAAAGGUCGGAGGAGGUGCAGGCUCUGCAAAGAAAAAGGCAUUGAGAAAACCACGAUUUGGCAGUGUGACACCUGUCUCAUACCUCUCUGUUUAAUACCAGACAGGAAUUGUUUCAGGGACUGGCAUGUGCAGAAGCGAAAGGCUGCCAGUGUUAAAAAAAUAAAACUUUAAAUGCGCUCAUCAGGACUGAAAAAAGGCAUUUUCUUCCAUUGUAAUUAAACUUUUUGGAGAAAUUGUAGAGUGAAAAAAUAUCAAAGCAAAUCCCUUAAGUGAUUCAACUCCCACUUUCCCACCAAAAGGGAUAUUUGACAUCUCUAGGCUCAUUGCGUUUCUGAUAGACAUCAAAGCCUGUUGAGAUGAUUGUACAUUUGUGGUCCAGCCCACUCUUACAUCUUCAGCACCUGUGACAUUGAAAGGGGCACAUCAGCAUGAAAGAUGAUGGAAAUAAAUUAUUUUGCAAAGUUAUUUAAAUUUUCAGUGCUUUAUUGUUUGUUUUAUAUGACAACUAAUGACUCGCCUUCAAAGUCACAUUCAUUAAUGAUUUGUUUGAUACCUUGCACUGUAAAAACCAUAUACUGUAGGUCGUAUAAAAGGGAUGCAGGUGUAGAUUUUGCCCUUGUUCAAUGUCUAUUUUUUAAGUAUGGCUUCUUCCGUAUUAGUUUUUUUAUAAUUAUUUAUAUUGAAAGAACGAGUCUAUAAAAGAGGGUGAACCGUGACGCUCAUAAGAGAAAGCGAUCAGUAAUGGAAUAAUUAGAGUUUGGGCAUUAACAGAUAUCAGAUACAAAUCGUGUCUCAGUGAAUGUAAACAGGUGGGACAAAAAAUCAUAUACGGUCAAAAGAUCGGAUCUGUGCAUUAAGCCUUGCAGUGUAUAUGCAGCCAUUGUAUUUUCCAAUUUGAGCUCGGAGUCAGUUCUUUUUAAAUGAAUCAGUCAAACGGGUUACAAAUUAGUUUGAAAUAAUUCAUUAGCAAAUCAAUCUAAAUCAAAAUUAAUCUUAAAAAUACUUAUCCAGUAAUCACAAACGACUGGAAAGGUUAGGAAAAGUUACUGAGAUUAAGCGAGUAGUAUUUAGCAGGUUUUGUUAUUCUAACAUGGCUGCCGCCAUGAGGUGCCCUUGGCCUAUGUAGAAUAAAAGAGCUUUUAAGGUUACUGAUAUGACUUAACUAUUAAUCUCAAAUGAGUGGUCAUGAUUUUAUACAUACGUUUCAAAAUUUCUAUUAAUUUCUUUAGAAGUAAAACUUUAUAAAUUAUAUAAUAAAUUACUGAGUGCACCUUUAAGAGUUCAGCAGAAACAACAACCACUCAGCUCACUACAGAAGUACUGCUAACCACCUCCAUCCCUACUUUUUAACAGCAAUUUGCUGUGUUAUUAACUAGCCUGCAUUGAUUUUACAGUAAAUAUUUGACAACAGUAUUUUUUUGUAACAACCAUUAAAUCUAGUAAAAUUCUGUCAAUCUUUGUAGUGCAAUCACAAUUACAGAGCUUAAGGAGUUUUCCCACUAUGAAUUUGAGAAGCAGAUGUUAGUGUGACGAGAGAGAGACCCACCAAUGUCACAGGUGCAGAGUCAGGGGCGGCUGUGGCUCAGUUGGUGGAGCAGGUCGGGCAUUAAUUGCAGGGUUGGUGGUUCGAAUCCCGGCCCACAUGACUCCACGUGCUGAAGUGUCCUUGGGCCAGACACUGAACCCCAAGUUGCUCCCAAUGGCAGGCUAGCAACUUACAUAGCAGCUCUGCCACCAUUGGUGUAUUAAUGUGUGUGUGAAUGGGUGAAUGAGAUGCAGUGUAAAGCGCUUUGAAUAGCGUUAAGGCUUAAAAAGGCACUAUAUAAGUGCAGACCAUUUACUUCCUCUUUUGCACACAUUGGCUGGGUUCAGAAUGGCAUCCUACACUUACUACUUCUGCCAUAUGUGUUUCAUUCCAUGAAAACGUUCCCCACACCAUUACACCACCAUCUCCAGCCUGAACCGCUGACACAAGGUUGGUUAGAUCCAUGGAUUCAUGUUGUUUAUGCCAAAUUCGGAGCCAACCAUCUGCAUGCUGCAGCAGAAAUCCAGAUUUGGUAGACCUGGCGAUGUUUUUCAAAUUGUCUGCUGUACAGUUUUGGUGAGCCUGUUCCCACUGUGGCCUCAGUUCCCUGUUCUUAACUGACAGAAGUGGUACCCGGAAGGGUCUUCUGCUGCUGUAGCCCAUCUGCCUCCAUUUUCGACAUGUCAUAUGUUCAGAAAUGCUUUUCAGCAUAGCACUGUUUUAACAUGUGGUUAUCCGGGUUACGGUCACAUUCCUGUCAGCUUGGACCAGUCUGGCCAUUCUCCUCUGAACUCUUUCAUUAACAAGCCAUUUUCACCCACAGAACUGCUGCUCGCUGGAUGGUUUUUUGUUUUCGCACCAUUCUCUAUACAGUCUAGAGACUGUUGCAUGUGAACAUCCCAGGAGAUUAGCAGUUACAAAAAUAAUUAAACCAGGAUGUCUGGCCCCAACAAAAAUGCCAUGGUUUAAAUCACUGAGAUCAAAUUUUUUCUCUAAUUCUGAUGUGAACAUUAACUGAAGCUCCUGACCAGUAGCUGUAUGAUUUUAUAUAUUGCACUGUUGCCACACGAUUGGCUGAAUAGAUAAUUGCAUGAAUAAGUAGGUUUACAGGUUUACCUAAUAAAGAGGUUGUUGAGUGUAUAAUUAAACUGCAGCUUUUAGCGGAUUGAUAAGCACAUUAAACCAUAUAGCGAACUGCUUAGCCAGAAGUGUAAAGCUGUUGUCAUUCAACAAAACAUAAAAACUACAAGUCCAUUCGGCUUGCUGCCAAAAUAAAAAGCUCAAUUUAAAAGAAAGAAUUUCAAAAGAAUGUUUCUUGUGAAGGAAAUGCAUUACUACUGUAUAGUAAAAUGUAAUGUACAAUGUAGAAUUAAUAAAGAAUAGUAAUAAUAAAUCAGUUGUAAUUACAUUAUAUAAGCAAUAUCCCACAAGCACGAGUGUGGUGCUGAAUAAAAAUGGGCAAUGCUUUCAUUAAUACUGUGAUUUAAUUGUGCAGCAACGCUGUGUUUUGGAAUGUGCUGUGAGGAUCUGCCAGCAAUUCAGUUGAUAUAAAUAACACAGUGGUAUUUUGAAAAGUAACUGUUUAUCAAUCAAGUUCUAUGAUACACAUUUAAUGUAGUCCACUCUGUUUUUGUUUUUGUUUUAUGUUAUUCAAGAUAGCAGCUAAAUUCAUUCAGAAUUGUCAUUUUCUAUAACAACACUUAUACAAUUAUUUAAAAGAAAUGAAACCAUUUAAAGAACCAGUCAAAUAUAAUAAUAUAUAUAUAUGUUUAUUACAGAAAAUGUGUUUAUUAUGUGAAAGGUAGUAUCACAAACAUUUUAAAUGAAAACUUAUCCACACCAACACCUGAGGAAACUGCCUCCCAUGCCUUUUCUUUUGGACUCAAAUGUUUGUACAAUAAAUCCUGCAGGUCAUAAAGACCUUUGUAUUAUUCAACCUUCACGAUGAGAUGAGUGUCAUCCAUUAGGUCACCUUGUUUUUCCAAAUGUGAGGUAAGGU